UUGGAUCAAUGCAGAGGUGGCAGGGAAAGACGAGAAGUGGCCCACACGUCAAAAAUGACAUUCCGCGUUUCACGGUCAGGGUGGCUGAGCAGUGCGCGCGUACCUCUGGGGCAAUAGGAAAAUAGGAAUUGGUUCUGUUUGAACGGUGAUUAGCGCGAGGGCUCGAGGGCGUGGGUCCCCAACGGUGGGUGCGACAAAUAGAUCUGUGCGAUUCUCUCAUGGCCUCGUCAAACAAGGGGGACUUUUUACCACUCACUAAAGCUAUAUAAGGGGGGCGGAGGGCCGUCUCCGUUACUCUACACUUCUUGAUAUUUUGACUGGAGAGUUGAGUGGAAGAGAGCGAUAGAGACUGAGUGAGGUAGGCCGUCAGAGCACCGCAGUCAUGCCUGUAAUCGGAGUUGAGAACCUUCAAGCCGUGUCAUCUGCUUGCACAGAAGGGAAGCAGGGUAACAUUAGCACCCAGACAGGGAACAGUCUUGAGACCCAGACCCAGACCCAGGGAGCAGAGCUCACUGAUGAAGCACCCAAACAGGUCCUGCCCAUGCCCAUCCCCGACCUGGAGGUCCAGUACACCAAGAUAUUCAUCAAUAACGAGUGGCAUGAGUCUAGCAGCGGAGACAAGAUGCCAGUGCUCAACCCAGCCUCUGGUGACCUCCUGUGUGAGGUGGAGGAGGGGAGACCGGAGGAUGUGGACAAGGCCGUCAGGAGCGCCAGGGCAGCGUUCCAGCUGGGGUCGCCAUGGCGACGGAUGGACGCAUCCGACCGGGGGGAGCUGCUCAGCAGACUGGCCGACCUGGUGGAGAGAGACCGCCUCCUGCUGGCGACUCUGGAGGCUCUGGAUUCUGGGAAGCUGUUCCUCAUGGCCUACUUUGUGGACCUGGUGGCCACCAUCAAGACGCUACGCUACUUUGGGGGCUGGGCUGACAAGAUCCAGGGCAGAACCAUUCCUGUGGAUGGAGAUUAUUUCACCUACACUCGACAUGAACCUCUAGGGGUGUGUGGUCAGAUCAUUCCGUGGAACUUCCCAGUGAUGAUGUUUGCCUGGAAGAUAGCUCCUGCUCUGUGCUGUGGAAACACUGUGGUCAUCAAACCAGCUCAGCAGACUCCCCUCACAGCCCUGCACAUGGCUGCUCUCAUCAAGGAGGCUGGUUUCCCCCCAGGCGUGGUCAAUGUGGUGCCAGGCUAUGGCCCCACAGUUGGCAAUGCCAUAGCCCAGCACAUGGACAUAGACAAAGUGGCUUUCACAGGAUCCACAGCUGUUGGGAAGCUCAUCCAGAAAGCUGCAGGGGACUCCAACCUGAAGCGAGUCACUCUGGAGCUGGGGGGGAAGAACCCCAUCAUCGUCUUUGCAGACUGCAACCUGGAGUACGCUGUGCAGCAGGCCCACAGCGGUCUGUUCUUCAACCAGGGCCAGUGCUGUCUGGCCGGCUCCAGGGUGUUCGUGGAGGAGCCCAUAUAUGAGGAGUUUGUCCGCCGCAGUGUGGAGAAGGCCCGGGCCAAGAUCCUGGGGAACCCGCUGGUGCCAGGGGUGGACCAGGGGCCACAGAUUGACCAGCAGCAGUUUGAUAAGAUCCUGGAGCUGAUUGAGAGCGGGAGGAGGGAGGGCGCCACGCUGGAGUGCGGCGGAGCCCCCUGGGGCCAGAGAGGCCUGUUCAUCCAGCCCACCGUCUUCUCCGACGUCACCGACGGCAUGCGCAUCGCUCAGGAGGAGAUCUUCGGCCCAGUGCAGCAGAUCAUGCGUUUCCGUGGCGUCCACGAGGUCGUCCAGAGGGCCAACUCCACCCAGUACGGCCUGGCGGCGGGGGUGUUCACCAGCGACAUGGACAAGGCCCUGACGGUGUCCUCUGCUCUGCAGGCCGGCAUGGUCUGGGUCAACUGCUACAAUGCCAUGAGCACCCAGUGUCCUUUCGGAGGCUUCAAAAUGUCUGGGAACGGCCGAGAGCUAGGGGAGUACGCCUUGCAUGAGUACACUGAGGUCAAAGCGGUGACCAUCAAAAUAUCCCAGAAGAACUCCUAAAAUGGCAUUCCCAUGUGGGCUGCACUUCCUGUCCGUGGGGUCUGGAUGAAUGACCUCUCCGGCUCCGGAAAAAGACUCAACCACAACUACUCUGAGACGUAGAGACUUAUCCUCCAUCUUCAUGUCUGAAAUCAGAAGACAAAAAAAAGCACGGACGACUUUCUUCCUGCAACAUGUUUUGUAAAUAUGACUGUUUCUGCGGUGGAGCUGGCAGGUGUCCAGACAUACUUUAACCUCUUGUUGUCUUCUCUCGUCCAGAUUGCCUCAGAGAACGAUGUUCUUAUUCAGAAAUGUUAGUCUCCUUGAAGUUCAGAACACCUUCAUGUCCUGAGUGAUCGUUAUCUUUGUUCUUUUUGAGAAUCUUUUUUGGACAACUGAACCAUUUCUCCUUUUGAUAUAAAGGCAAUAUUUUAUGUAAUGGAUUGAUAUUCUGGUAGUGUGUGUUUGCUGUCUACCGUAUAUGUAGAAAUGAUAUCUAAUAUUAUUGUCAAAGGCUAUUGGACGUUGUUAGUGUGUGUGUGCGUGUUGAGUGUGUGUAAAUGUUUGUAUUGCAAUGUUUAAAUGUGUGUGUGUGUGUGUUUAUGUAAAUCUUUAAAGCUACAACAUGAGAUACAAACAUUUAGAUAUUUAAUCAUCACUCAUCCUUUUACUUGUUGCAAUACAAAAAUUUGAAAUACAAAUGGACGUCUUAAAAACUAUUUACAGAUUGUUUUCCAACCAAAACCCACAAAUGUGUUUCUCUCUGGACUCCUCUAAGUGCUUCCUUUCUUAUCUCUUGAGGAAAUAAACAUCUCGUUGAUGAACCA